AUGCCUACCUUCAAUGCUACUUCUGCUGCGGAUGCCUUCCCGCUAAGCCUCGACGCCGGCCCCGAGUACGGCUCUGCUGCUGCCCCCCAAGAGCCCACCCUACGCCGCAGUGCUAGAAACAUGCCCAAAUGCGAGUUCUCUGACUCUAUGGAUAUUGAUCCCCCCAAUUCUUCUCCAGCUCAAAACAAGCGCAACAGUUCGCUAGCCGAUUUGUUUACCGCCGCCGUCACUCCCCCACCCAAAAGAGUGCUCACCGAAGCCGAGGCCUACGCGCAGCACCUGCUCACCCCUCUUCCAGUGGUGUUGAUACCUGCCAUCACUAACCCGGAUUACGAAUCGCACAAUGCAACCCUCGCCAGUAAUAUCAAUUUUCAGGCCCGUGUGCGCCGUUCGGGAGGAAUCAGAGCCCUUUAUCCGGAUACUGCGGUUGACGAAGUGAUGCGUCUUUACUACCCCGACUACCAGAGCUGGGACAGAAUCCUCAAUGAGGGUAUUAUCAACAGAAUGGGAGUUCCUAGCGUCGAUGACAUUGUCGGUAUCACCUUGAUUGUCAAGAGAAGAGGCUGGGAAGAAGAGGAUAAUCAGGGCGAAAAGUUGGAAAUUAGGCCAGAGAACGCUGACUGGGACAACAUGCUGGCUCGUUUGAGGGAGAGGGGCGUUGGUGCCAAUGUUGGCUCGGGCCUCCGUGGUGCCCACACCGUCAAGUUGUUAAUCAAGUUGGCCAACUAA